UAUAUCAUAGACUGCCAAAAAAAUAAACAAAUCUGUCUUGGAAGAAGUACAGGCAGAAUGACCCUUAGAAGCAAGGAUAGUGAAACUUAAUCCCGUGUACUUGAACAUGUUACCAGGAGAGACCAGUCCUCAGAGAAGGACAUCGUGCUUGGUAGAGUAGAGGUUCAUCAAAAAAGGGGAAGAUCCUUAGCGAGAUGGAUUGACACAGUGGCUGCAGGAAGGGAUCAAGAAUAAUGAUUGUGAGGCUGGUGCAGGACCAGACAAGUUUUUAAUUCUAUUAUACAUGGUGUCACUCUGAGUCAGAAUCAACUCGAUGGCACCUAACAACAACUUGAAAGUUUACAGGUGGUAUUCAGAAUCAGAAAAUUUGGGUUGAAAUCCCUGCUCUAAGCUGUGUGAUAAUGUAAAGUUUUUGGUUUUGAUUUUGUAACUUGCAUUUGCCCAAGUUUUUGCCUGUAAAAGAGAGGAAAAUAAAGCAUUUUUGUCAUUAUGUAGGUGCUUUAAAUUUCCCUUGAGGGUGAAAUAACAUACUAUCUCAGCCAACUUCCAGCCCCAUAGUUGGGUUUUUUCUUAAUGUAUUUUUGUUCUUUGUGCUUUCUCCUAUAGGUCUGGCAGGAGAAAAACAAAUAAGCAACUGAAGAAUGAGAAACCAUACAGCAAUAACAGAGUUUGUCCUCUUGGGACUGUCAGAUGACCCAAAGCUUCAGAUUGUGACUUUUGUCUUUCUACUUAUCACCUACAUGCUCAGCAUCACUGGGAACCUGACCAUUAUCACCCUCACCCUGCUGGAUUCCCACCUCCAGACCCCCAUGUAUUUCUUCCUCAGGAAUUUCUCCUUAUUAGAGGUUUCAUUCACAACUGUCAGUAUACCCAGGUUCCUGGGCACCAUUAUUAGCGGAGAUAAAACCAUUUCCUUUAAUAACUGCAUUGCUCAGUUAUUUUUCUUCAUUCUCUUGGGAAUCACUGAAUUUUACCUUCUGGCUGCCAUGUCCUAUGACCGCUAUGUGGCCAUCUGCAAACCCCUGCAUUAUGUGACUAUCAUGAAUCGCAGAGUCUGCACACUGCUUGUCUUCUCUUCAUGGCUGACUUCAGUCUUAAUCAUAUUCCCAGCGCUCAUGUUGCUGUUAAAGCUUGAUUACUGUAGAUCUAACUUGGACCAUUUUACCUGUGAUUAUUUUCCCCUGCUGCAACUUUCUUGUUCAGACACAAAAUUCCUAGAGGUAAUGGGUUUCUCCUGUGCUGUGUUUACUUUACUGUUCACGUUGGCAUUAAUAAUUCUGUCUUACAUAUAUAUCAUCAGAACAAUUUUGAGAAUUCCUUGUACUAGUCAGAGGACAAAGGCCUUCUCUACGUGUUCUUCCCACAUGAUUGUCAUCUCUAUCUCUUACGGUAGUUGCAUUUUCGUGUACAUUAAACCCUCAGCAAAAGACAGGGUGUCUUUGAGCAAGGGAAUAGCUGUGCUAAACACCUCAGUAGCUCCCAUGCUGAACCCAUUUAUUUACAGCCUGAGGAAUCAACAAGUCAAGCGAGCCUUCAUGGACAUGGCAAGGAGGACUGUAUUUUUCACAAGCAGAUGAAAAGAUGUGGUGUCAAGAAUUAGAGGCAAACUGAAUGGCAAUUUAAAAAAUAAAAAUAAACAUGGAUUUUCAGUAGCCUGUUCAAAAUCAGAAUGUCUUCCCUUUAAUUCAUGGCCAUGCAUUUUUUUUUUUCUAUGUAGUUCAUGGGAAUAUUUU